ACUUGUCCUUAUGUGGAUGGGAGCCAGAAAACCUUGAGAACUUGGAACCAAGCAGUGGUUUCUUCCUCGACGUGGACAUGGCACAAGAGAAAAUGAAACUAGACUCGGAGCUGCUGCCGAGUUCAACUACCACAGAUGACAUGCUGAGAAGAUCCAGCAGCGCCCCUUUGAUCAAUGGGCUUGGUGAUAACUCACAGGUGUUCCAAGCUGACACGUUAACAACUCCAAGAAAUAACACAACGUUUAUGGCACAACAUUGUCUGGUCAGUGUGAAGCCAUUGAAGAAUUCUGAGUCUGUGAUUGACAUGACCAGAUUUGAAUCUUUAAAAGAUUACCCUGGCUACAGAGUGUUUUUGCCACCCUCUCCUAUCCCCAUCCGUGCUUCCUAUGGUCGCCUUCAUCAAAUCAAACAGGAAGAAGGCAUGAAUUUAGUAACUAGAGAAGCAAUGCAUGAAUGGGAGGUACAAACCGCAAUACGGAUAAGUCGGUCUUGGGAAGAAAGUUUGAACCUGAGUGACAAUGAUUUAGAGAAACCGUCUUCAAAGCGCAUCGAUUUAAUUCCAGUGUCCCCAGCAGCUCCUCCCACCAGGGGGAUUGGGAAGCAAUGUUUUCCUCCAUCGUUACAAACUUGCGUGAGUUGCACCACUAUGCCUCCAAGCCCUUUUCCCAGUCCUACGCGACAAUUUACAAUAAGAAGUCAAAACCCCACCAACAUUAUUAGACCAAGUAUCUGUGGACCAUUAAAAAGAAAAGGUGAAAUGACAUUUGAAGAUCAGCCAAAGAAACUUUUCCAAGGCACAACCAACAUGCUUUCUUCUGAUACUACUCAACAGUCUGAUAUGAAUGUGUGGUGAGUAUUAACAUGAGGUUUUAAACAUU